AUGGCUGCGGAUGGGGACGAUGCGGUGCGGUGGCUGGCCCAGGCCCUCCAGAGCGAGGCGAGACUGGACAAGUUGCUGACCAUGACUUCCGCCGAGUGUGGCGACGGCGAGCAGAGAACAGAAGAAGCUGAGAGGGGGCAUCGGCUGAAGCGGGCGCGAAAGGCAAAGGGCUUUGCAAGGACACUGCUGAAGGCCGACGAUCAGCUGCCUGAGGCCCGGCGGGUGGCGAUGGAGAACGAGGUGGCGGCGGUGGCGGCCGAGUGGCCCGAACUGGCAGAGCUGGUCAUGGAGGAUGCCGUAGCUUUGCUUGCCGAGGGCUUUGCGCCGCAACAGGACCGGCCACCACUCCACCCUCUGGAGGAAGAGCUGGUGGCAAGGACCGAGGCCAUGCUGACUGUCGAGGAGCGGGAAGCGCUGGAUGGGUCGACCGAGCGAGAGACUGAGGUCGGGCGCAAGAUCAUGGGCGAUGGCCCCGACACGCCGUCGUUCGCCUACCCGAACGGGCGGUCACUGGCGGGGCAUCUAGCGAAGCAGCUUGUGACAAACCGCGGGGUGCCGCCCCAGCUAGCGGUCCCGCAUCCGUGUUUUGAGCUGCGCGUGGUAAGCGAGAGCGAGGCGCGCGGGCUUGCGGACCUCGCCGCGGCGAUGACCGAGUACGCCGCCGCUCCCUCUACGUCUGCUGCUGGCAGGGUAGCCGAGACUGGCGCUGCUUGCCCCCACGCAUGCUGGCGGGUCAUGGGCUUUGCGAUGACGGCGGCAAGCCUGGUGCGCCCGCUCCCGCAGCGCGCCACGCUCAUUGCCGCGUUUGAAGCGCCGGUUUACGGCGCCAAGCGCCUGGUUGGAGCGCAGCUCUCUGCCGGCGCGCGGGCAUGGUCCAAGCAUGUUGGCCGGACACCCGAUGGGCGAUGGCCCGAGGUCUGCGGCUCGGUGGCCGAACGCAACGCCAAGGCGCUCGAGCUCUGCAUCGGGGUGCUUGACGACGUCCGCUGGCUCAACAUUCACCUUUUGUACACUGGAACGCUUGUGCUCGAGAUGCGGUCAAGCGGCGGGCGAGGGAUGCGGUGGCUGGCGGACGGCUCGCUUUUUAUCGGCUUUCUCGAGCCGCACGAGUACAGAGCGUAG